AUGGCCACAGCCACCACGUGCCGUCUCGUCCUCCUCCUGCCUCUGCUCUCGCUACUCCUCCUCACCGUGUCGGCUUUCGACUCGACGCUCCUCCCCACCGGCACCGCAGCCGACGGCCAGCCGAGCGCGUACGAGAUGCUGGAGGGGUUCGGGUUCCCGAGGGGCAUCCUGCCGGAGGGCGUGACCGGGUACACGUACCGGCCGUCGGACGGCGCGUUCGAGGUGUUCAUGGGCGGGGACUGCGAGUUCGAGGUGGACGGCGGCUACCGCCUCACGUACCGGCGCAGGAUCUACGGCAACGUCGAGGGCGGCAGCAUCCGGAACCUCGGCGGCGUCUCGGUGCGCAUGUUCCUCUUCAACUGGGGCAUCGACCGCGUCGUCAUGGAGGACGCGGACCACCUCAUGUUCUACGUCGGCCCGCUCUCGCAGGCGUUCCCCGUCGACAACUUCGGCCAGUCCCCGCAGUGCCGGCGUCGUCGUUGCCACGGUGGCGGGAACGGCGUGGGCGCCGGCGGUGGCGUCGCGGCGAUGUAG